UACUACUUCUCAAAAACAAAGAGAUCUAUCUAGAGAGAGAGGUAAUAAAUUUAAGAUGGGUGUGACAACGUGUUGUGACAAGGUGCAUUCAUGGUUCCGCGAUUCAAAAGCGCUUUUGAUAAUCAUAAGCCUGCAAUUUGGCUCUGCUGGGAUGUAUGUUAUCACCAAGGAUGCUCUUAACAAAGGAAUGAGUCAUUAUGUGUUUGUUGUUUACCGUAAUAUCAUCGCCACUAUAGUUCUUGGUCCCUUCGCAUUUUUUCUUGAAAGGAAAACAAGGCCCAAGAUGACAAUUCGGAUAUUUUCAGAAAUUAUGGCUGUGGCUUUUGUUCGAGUAAUAUAUCAUCUUUAACUUGUCAUAUAUUGU